CUUUGUUCAGUGCAUCAUGCGUUGCCUACAACACCAGGUGAAAGUGAGGCCAAGCAUCAGGAAACAGAGGGCUGCAUUCAGGAGAGUGAAAAUGAGGGACAGGCAGAGGGACAGCAGAUGUUUCCAUAUAAUGUGGCAGAAUUUGUCCCUAUUUUUCUGGAGGAAGAUGAAGCUCUUGAAGAGGCAAUUCAGCGUAGCCUCCUAGAAGAGUCUGAUAGACAAAGUGAAGUUCAUAUUUCAAGGUCUUUUAAGAAGCUCAGCAAAGAAGAAAUUGAAGGUCUUCUUAGAGCUCAUAGUGAGAAAGUCAUUACACCAGGAACAAGACAACUCCAUAUCAGUCGAGCCAAUGUGUGGUCGACUGCUUUGCGUCAGUUCAAGAGACCCAAGUUUGCAGAAAGCUGUGAGAUGCUUUAUGUCACAUUUGCAAGCGAUGAACAUGAUACAGAGGAAGAUGCUGCUGACCUUGGGGGGCCAAGGCGGGAGUUUUUCCGUUUACUGGUGAAGGCCAUCUUUCAGGACAGUGGUGCUUUUGAAGCUACACCAAAUGGAUGCACACUGAAAUUUAACAUCCUACACUUGCAAAAUGGAGUAUAUCGAACCAUUGGCAGGAUGUUGUCCACGAUAAUAGUGCAAGGUGGAGAAGCACCAGCCUUUUUCUCUCCACAUGUAGUAGACUACAUUGUGUCAGGAGACAUUCUUCAAGUACACCUAACACCGGAUGAUAUAGGUGACCCUGAGUUAAGAGAGAAUCUGAAAAAGGUUGUAAAUGCAACAACUCAACAUGAUUUGGAGAAAGCAGUCAGCUGCUGCGACUCAUGGCGAUAUCAAGUUGAAGGUCUUCCACUCACAGUCACCAUGGCCAAUAAAGAUCUGUUUGUGAAAAAUGCAGCUCUAUACCUUGCAGUCCUGCAACGGCAAAGCUGUUUCGAUCAACUAACUGAUGGCUUGUCCUACUAUGGAAUUUUAUCACUCCUGAGAGAGAACCCCAGUUUGCGUGUUCUGCUUGACCUAUCGGGGGAGGACAAAGAUCUGACAGCCAGUUUAAUUGCUGGGGUUCUCAGGCCAAGCUAUUCUGUCCUUGGGAGCAACAGAAGAGUUAGAGAGGAGCUGAUGGUGGUCAAAUUUCAGGAAUUUCUCCAGUGUGUCGAAAAUAAAGAGCUGAGAGACGCACUUGGAGAAAGGACUCUUACCAAGGAUGAAGAGGCAUUUGUGAAGGCUUUGAGGCCUGGUCACAUCUUGGCUUUUGCCACCGGGAGCAGCAAGGUUCCAGCCAUAGGUUUUCAACCAGCUCCUAAAAUAACAUUCAUUCACGAUGAAAGCAAACAUCUCCCGAUUGCACACAAAUGUGCAAAUGAGCUUCAGCUUUUUGUGAAUGAAACAACAAUGGCUGAUGAUGAUGCUUUUCAUUACUGCUUCUUAGUAGCACUCAUGAAUGGAGCUUUAUUCAGCACCAUCUAAACAUGUUCCAAAAAAGUGAAAUUAAAAUGGUGGGUUUGUUAACUCUAAUCCUGUUCAUUAAUUGUAGUUCCAAGUAACUUUGCUUCAUACAAGAUAGUUGAAAUAAAUUCUGACUCCAUUUAAUGUUGAAAUGUAAUAAUUUUCAAAGUUUCAAUAGAUUUAUAAAAAUGCUAACUCUGUAUUUUCAACAACAAAUCAAUAAAGUCACUGGUGUAAUACAAUUAAUAAUUUUAUUAAGCUUUUUCUUUUUUUAAACAAGG